GAGAAUCAAGCAAGCACAUUUCCUGUCAUAUAGUGUUGAAACAUUAAUGACGUCCAUAACAUCCACGUUCAUGAUCCCAAUGGAAAAGCAAGUGUUAAUAAUGCAAGGAGGAGAGGCACUGGAUCCGAGUCAUCGUAUUUGUAAUUACUCAAGUGCAGGAACAGUAAGUAAUUAUUAUUAACUACUAACUAGUUACCACAAUCUAACCUGAUUGUAGUAUGGAAAUUGUACAUUAGGUUAUACUGUUAGUAUUGAAGAUUUUAUAUGUGAUCAGAAUAUCAUUUCCAUAGACAUAGCAUUGAUUUCAUAUGAUCCUUAUAUAUAUGCAUUUCUUGAUGACUUUCUUUAUUUUGUAGGAACAAAACCCAAUAUUUCUAUUCAGCAAAACAACCAUUGAAUCACCAAUGCCACCUUCGCCAAGUUUGAAUUUAGGAUCAGGUAGAUUUUAAAAUCAUUUACGUAUUUCUCGAUUUUGCAAGAAUCCCUGUUGUGGGCAUAUUUACAAAAUGGUUUUGGGAGCAUUGUGCAUGCUUAUUUUGGAACAUUAGUGACACAGUGGUUGGUGCAUGUGCCUUUAUAUUUGCGACUAAGUCCUGUUUCAUGUAUAAUAAAGUUGAUUAGAAUUUUGCCUCCGUUGCAUUUCAAGAGAAUAGAGUGUUUCCAGUUUGACUUUACUAACCGUCCAAGGUUUUCUCUGAGUAUUCUGAUUUCCUCAUUUACUUACAAUGAACAAUUAGGAUGGGACUUAUACUGGACUUCUAGUGUUUAGAACUGAUAUAUCCAGUAUUAUUAGAAUGACAAAAUUCCCGGAUGCUGCAUGAUUGGUUGAGAGGAGUACAAUUAUUUCAUUAAUUGUACUGCAGCUGUACAAUUAAUGAUUUUCCAAAAACAAACAAAAUGGCGGAAAGGUAUUUAAACACAAAUGAAAUUGCCGUAGAGGAACUUAAAACAAAAGAACUAAAUGAAAAUAUACGAACAAAAGCACCAAAUUUUGGUUGAUAGUCUGGCAGGACUGGGCUUUGGCGAGAGAAUAUGAUGUUGACAUUGAGAAUUAUCCAAUUUUGUCAUGCUAAUAAUAAACAAGUAACCGGCGGCUCGUCCAAUUUUGGCAAAAUUUCCAAACACCACUCGUACUAUUAAUCCCUAAUUGUACUUGCCAUCGCAUGAUUACCUAUACUAAUUGACGUUAGAUUAGUUUAUACUUUGAAGCAAUACCUUUACAAUACUACAGGUAGUUAGUACUGCUUUUUAUUUAUUUAGAAACAUCACUUAAAGAAGAAGUGGAAAGGUCACUGCAAUUACCUCCAACGUAUGAAACUCUUGUUGCCAGGGCAAAGUUAGCAAUGGUAUGCCAAGCAAGUACUGUGCAUAGAGAUUGCUCACAAAAUUUGCCUGCCAGUAUGCAUGGACAUACAGUACCUCAUAUCAUCUUAUAAUAAUAUAAGAUUUUUGUCAAGACCAAAUUUCUCCUCAUAUCUUCUUCUAUUAUUUUUUCACUGACAUCACGUGCACUUUUACUAGGUCGUUUGUUAUGUAUAAAUUCAGUCAACUUUAUAUAAAAUUUUAUAGUUUUUCACCAUUAGAAUUGUACGUAAAACUUAAUCCGACAAUGGCAUACACUGUACCUGUACAUCGUGAUAAAAAGAUGAUGAAUACAUAUAUCAUGAUUAAAUGUCGAAAAUUAUAUUAAAACCAUUACGUACGUGAUCGCAUACAAAUUUUAUUUCAAUUGAAACUUAUGAACAAACAUUAGCCAUAAAUUGUACUGUUUUAUAUAGACAGUUUAACUUUAAAAUAUUUGUAAUUACAAUCUUUUUAGUAUAUUACACCUUUACUCUAUAAAAGACACAAGCAGUCAGUAUAUCUUUGAAGGUCCUCCAGUUAACCUAUAUCCUGCAAUAUUCUUGUUCCAUUUACUUGUAUAGAGAUUCCAAGAUAUGGGUUCUGAGUUACUACAGAGUUGUGUUACUCUUAUUAACGAGCAGCAUCUCCAGAGACAAGGUUGGCUAGCUGUGGUUGCUAACUUGGAAAAUAUAGCAAGGUAUUAAUUAUAUGGACUGUAUAGUCUGUAUAUUAUUAUAUUAUUACGGUUUUAAAAUGUCCUGAAUGAGCUAUUUCUCUGUGAUACGUGCCAAUCCUUCUCGUUUGAUGUAAAGAUUAUUGCAAUCAGGCCUCGAAAUAAGUGCCGGUCACCGGUCACUGACCGGUAAAAUUUCACAGUUUGACCGGCAAAUAUCGUCGCCUGACCGGCGCAUGAUAAAAGCGUACGUUCAAAAAUGGAGCAGAUUAUUGAUUUUCAAGUUUCCAAAGAAGUGUAUGUCCGUCUUGAGCGCAGGCUAAUAAGGGCGGCGAAGUGACACAUUUUGUCGUACAGAUACGAUAUACAGUACCGCAAGCAUUGUGCCUAAGGGACCGGUCAGUAUUUAUGGUGGGGGGUGGCACCGAAGAGAAAUGUUUUUCGUGGUAGAAAUUUUGUUGACCCAACCAUUAAAAAGUCAAAAAAUUGAUUACCCAACCUCAAAUAUAAAUUGAAAAAUAAUUACCCACCCCUGGCCAAAAACUUUACAAAAGGAUACCAUUCAGUUGUCACACAUGUCUUUUACCACUUCUAUGACAUGAGUUUGAUAACGGCUUGUGAAAUUUUCUGCAGUCUAAAGUUUCAUGUUGCACUUUCUUUGGAAACACCAUUUGUUUUGCCAAAAUGAUCAAGAUAGUGACUCUGAUUGAUUCACGUAUUGUAUUGACAAAUGACUGUUGACAUUGCUUUUCAGUCUCCAAUAUUUCAGUGCAUGGGUCAUGCUUUGGAAAUGACAAUAAAUUUUGAUUACCCAAACCUUCAGUUGUUUUGUUUUUCAUUUACCCAACCUUUUACUUACUCAAAAUUUUGUUUACCCAACCUUUUUCUCUUCGGUGCCACCCCCCCGCCAUAAAUAAUGACCGGUCCCUAAGGGCUGUUUUCCAGUUACGCGUUUUUCACGUGCGACAGAAAAGUUUAAAUCUUUCAUAUUAGUGCAAAUAACCCAACAAAUACACAUUAAAUCAUACACAAAACUGAAUGCUGUCCUUUAUAAAUUUAGUUAUUUCAUGAGUAGGAUGUAAAGCCGACUGACGACUGGACUAGAUUUCAAGUCCGCGCAAUCAAGUUCAGUUCGAAUUGGAAGAUUUGAGAUACUGUACAUGCAUGCACACACCGGAACAAGUAUAUAUAUAGAAUAAGCUAAAUUGAACUUCAAGGGAAAAUUGUUUGCCUAACAAACAAGCAAAUUCAUUUGUGCACAUGAUAAAUUAAUAGUUGCCAUAUAAUACAGCAUUAUUAUUUCCAUAUAUGGUUUCCUUGUGAUUUCCUUAUUUUUCUCUUACUCUCACAGUACGUUUGAAAAUAGAGGAUCAAUCCUAGAACAAAGUUAUACAGAGUUUUUGGAGAUAAUUCCUCAGUAUAAAUCUCUUCUUGACAGGUAAAUAUACUAUUUAAAAUAGAACACGGUUUACAUGCAAUUUCCAACUUUUUUUCAAGUGAAAUCCAUUUUCAUAUUAAAAUUACAUAAUACUGCAUCUCAUGAACUAUAUUUUAUUCUGGUCGCAAUUACUGCAGACCGCAACUAUAGUAUGAAAUACCUAGCAACCCUGGAUUUCUAUUCCGUUGCUAUAUAGCUCCCAUUACCGCUACCAGAUUAACUACUAUAUCUACAAAAAUUAAUGUAGCGUACAUGUACUUGCGUACAGUAUAUAAUAUCUUUGUCCCGGACCGUUAGAAAAGCGUGGUGAUGGUGGUGGUGUUAAGAGGAGAAGAACACAAAAAAUCCAUAUACAUACACGCAAAAACGUACUGAAAAAGUCCAUACAGCCAAAAGGUGGAAGAAAAAAUAAUAUAUCAUGCACAACACAAAAAAAGACAUGCACACCAAGUGAACCAUAAAAAAUCAAUGCAUGGCAGAAACUUACCCCCACCCUACUUUUCUAAUGGUCCAUCCCUAAUGUAUAUCUUUAACUUUGUUAAAUUGAACAAUAGAGUCUACAAUCAUUGAUAUUUGACAAUCAUGAUUUGCUAUUGUUUUGUUUAACUUAACCAAUUUUGUUUUUGUUUUUAUUUAGUUUUCAAAGCGUUAUUGAACAACUUUCCAAACUUCCAGUAUUUCCAUGUUUGAUCAAAGAUGACGUGAAAUCACUUCUAACAACUAAUAGAGCACCCAAUCUUUUGGAUUGGAUAAAUGCUCAAGUACGCUAAGUACAAAAUUAUUGAGAAAAAUCGCUUCUCCUGUAACUAUUUCACUAUAUGAACAGGUCAACACGUGCAUGCUUAAAACAUUUGUAUGAGCUACUUGCUUUUCUCACAAAACGGUAGUGAACAAGGCAGGCGAGGCCCAAUAAUAUAUUAGCGAUCAAUACAAUCACGCUGCAUAUCCAAAUUCAUCAUUUAGUUAAUAAUGAGGUUUUAUACGGAAGCAUGAAAACAAGACAUGCUGUGCUAAGUGGUUAUAUUACCACCUUAAAAUAUAACCACUCAGCACAGCAUUUCUACAUUGGUACUACCCACACUGGUACAGACAGUUUUAGUAUGAAAACAAGACCCCUCCUAUAUUGUUUGCUUCUUACAAUAACAAUUAGUAGAGCAUUGAUCUAUUAUAAAGCAGUAGUCUAAUUGAUAUCCUAUAUGUCUUCUUAGCAGUAAAGUUAUCUAAUUUAAUUCCUAACUCCAGAGGUACAAACAGUAUAUGUGCAGUAAAGUCAUGUAUGGUAAAAACUGUUUAGGAUGAAAGAAAUAGUCUUGAAGACAUGGUUCGCCAGUGUAUUGAUGCUUUGGGACAAUUUCAAAAUUCUUCGUUACUUGAGAUACAGAAAGACCGGCAACAAGUACUUGGUUAGUGAAAAUUGCAAUAUACUGUAUAUGCUUUUCUGCUCUCAUCAAAGGCAUAUGGUACCAAUUGACAGAUGCAUGUGUAGACACAUAUGGGCGCUAUGUUUGGAGGGUCAGUGGUCAGGCGCGAAAGUGCGAUCUUUCCUGACACUUCUCAGAGUUGUAGACUAGCCAUGCGACUUUGACCCGAGUGACGAUUUUUUUUUCGAUUUGACUUGAAAUGGACGCAUGCAUGCAUAAUGACUUGUGAGCUGACUUGAACUUGCAAAAUGGUACUUGCAGUCUUGUAAACAACUGUGACACUUAUACAACUAUAUUGACAUCUUCUUGUGUACAAAACCAAAAAUGCAGGUACAAACAUUUUCUGCAAAAGGAGCGCGCCUGAACCAUCAUAAAGACACAAACACUCUUUGUUACCUGAAGUACAGGUUGUCUAACUACAGUCGCCUUUGUUUUCAAAGUCAAGUGGAUACGAUUCUGAAAGAAAUUAUUCAUAUAUGAUGUAUCUCGUUUUCAGGGGAUGUUUCUAACAAAAACAUAAAAGAAAUUGGUGGUUUAGAAGAAAGAUUGAGUAUGUUGUCGAAACUUUGUGAUAAAGCUCGUACACUGGGUCAAGAACAAUCUGAUAUGGCACAGGUAAUUUUGUUUCCCAAGUUCGUUAUAAAGAGCACAUUGGUAUAUUUAUUGUGGAUAUGGUUGCAGUUAAAGGCAUGGAGUGGAGCUGCCUUUCUAAACCUAGAGUUACUGGCUAACAACUCCAAAAAUGUACAUAUCUAAACCUGUAGCUAUAUCUAAACCUGGAGUUACCAACUCAAGAAAUCAUAUGGAGCCAGUUGUGUAAGCCUGGAGUCAAUAAUAACUGACUUCACUGACUUUUCAUGCACUGACUUCCAGACGAAGCUCAAAGAGCCCAAGUACUUUUUAUAUCUGUCAGGUAGUUAGAUUCCUUAAACCAAGCUCGUGAAUAUACUUCAAAUUAAGUCUUUUUCUAAAGUUACGUUAGGUGACGCUAUUCUAAUCAAAUAGAUUUGAAAUUCCAAACCAGCAUUUGGCGUGUUGCCCUUGAUGAGUGCCAAUAAUUAAUAUUGUUAUAAUGCUCAAAGUCAUCAGAAAACUUCUUCACAAUUCGAACAAUUCAAUGAAAAGUUUCAGUUAUGACAACUCAUAAGUACGGUUAUAAUAAUAAAUUAUAUAUUUCAGUUAAGUUAUUGGACUUUCCAAUGUUUCCAAUGUUGUCACACAGUUUACCAGAAAAAAUUAAUAUUGAACUUGCAAUUGAUUUUUCAUCAUCCUUUCCAUCUUUAACAACGUUAUCAUUUUAAGUCGCAAGUCAAAAUAUGAAAUUUUGUUUGUGUAUAUAUCGGAUUUUCUUUCUGUCAUGCACUACGGCUUUGGUUACGUCAUUUCAAAAAGAUAUCGAUGUGUCCGAAAAUAUUCGCUAGCUAGUGCAAACAAAUACGUUUAUGUGAGGUUAAUUAAAUUAAUUGACAUCACAAAGCGCGCCCUAAUUAAUUACCCAUCAUCCUUUGUCCAGACACAAGCGUAUAAAAGGUCCGACGCAAUAAUUAACUUCGUCACAAUUAGCUGACUGCAAGCGAUAGUACGUUGUGUUUCGCGCAGUAAAAAUUCCUGCAUUUCUUAAAAAUGGCGAGUGCUGAACAGCAAACUGAUAUGUCAAUGGUACAAUCUCAGUUAAACCAAGCUUUGGAAUGGCAUGAGAAGAACAAACAAUUUCUUCAAGAAGUUCUCAAAGUGAAAAUCUUAAUCAAUAAUCGGAGAAGUUUAGAUACUGUCGUCGAAAGUACGAAAAUGAAAUUUUGUGAAGACAAAUUGAAUAAAGAAUGCCAAAAACAGUCAGAGCAUAGACAGCUGAAUGGUAAGAAUCACCUUACAUUAUAAAUAUUCUGUAAUAAAAUUUACAAGAUUCACAAUGUUUUCUUGGCUUGCAUCUUUUGCACGGAUUCAAAUAGUCUUUCCCGUUGCUAUGCAACUAAAUCAUUAACUGAAUGCUGUCGCUAUUCGCGCGCGCUAGUAUUCGACAUAAUUGCAUGCGCAUUCUUUACUUGACUUAAAUGUUAAAACACAUUUAAAACAAAGAGUAACUCAAAAUUGGCUGAUUGUAUAUUUUUAUUAUUUAUUAGUGAUUUUAACUUUCGUUUGUUUUGCAGAGCUAAAAUGUCUUGGAUUUCUGCUGGAUUAUCCAGUAGAACAAGAAAAGUCUGCUGACAACAUUAAAGACUUUGAUGUAUAUGUUAAUAACAACCUGAAAAGCGUUACCGACGUUUCUAAUGACAAGCACCCUGUUGAUAAAGAGCCUGCAAAUAAAAACUUUCUUUUGCUGCUGAAGCGGGCAAUGAAACUGCAUGUGGUUACCUGGAAAGCGAGAAACGACAUUCCGAAUCUGGUGGGCGUCCUGAGAUUGAAGAACUUUCAACUGAAGCGGAAGAAACAGCUCCUGUCUGUUCCAAAUUAGGCAAACGAAACAAAAAUGAAAUUCCUGAUGGCAAUAAACUUACACCACCAGUUUGUAGUGAUGUGGAUCCAGAGAAGAACAAGAUUGAAGACAAAGAAAAUACUGGUGAUGAGGUAAAUAAUAAAUAAAUCUUGAUAAUACCUCUACAGUAACUAAACUAAAUAAACGAAAAAGCGUUUUUCAUACAAACGGGAAAAUGUUCCUAAAUUUUAUGUAGGUAUACUAUAUAAUUACCUCAACAAAUAUUAUAAAUCAUACACAAAACUAAAGUUUAUUCAUUUAGUUAUUUCAUAAAUACCAUUCAAACAGAUUUGAACUUUUCCAUGUGUUUACACUGUAGCUAUAUGCACGUAUAUAAAACGCUUAACUGAAGUGCAACCCUAUGUAUAAGCAAAUGCAGAAUAAAAUUAUUUAUGUACCUUUAUUACACCGGACAGCCUAUCUUCAACGUAGGUCUGGAAAGAAUCAAUUUCUUUCAGUGACACUGUGCUAGAACAAAAAAUUGUCUGGCAUGCCAUAUUUCGAUAUGACCAUGAUUAAUUAAAGAACGAAGUUACAGUAUCUAUCAAUCUAAAUCUAGUGUUGUAAACAACUUAAUUGUCGACUUAUUUCGAACAUUCAAUGAAUGCUCUUGUUUUUAGCCAUAUAAUAAAUAACUUAAUGACUGAGCUUGUUCGGUCCAGUAUCCUACAGCCCGAACCUCUGAAAGAACCAACUAUUAUCCCGCAGUUCGGACCAUGUCGCUCAGUGAAUGACAAACAUAUCUGCAUUGCAAUUUAGUCCCUCAAUUUCUUCACUUAUUUUAUUUUUAUCUUUUUCGUGUCUGCUUCGGUCUUUCUUUAUUUCCUUAUUUUUUUGGUUGCUUUCUUUCUUCCUUCCUUUGUUUCUUUAUUUCUCACUCUAUCCAACACUUUUCUUGGAACUUAAAACAUUUUCUGAGAUCGAAUGGUCCCGUGGUCCAAUACUUUUUGCAUGACCCAUGAUCCUACCAGACGUUUCACUAAUUCCAAGCGGGCGUGGAGCAUGCAUCAACGCACGGGCGGCGAGAUUUAUGGUCGGAUAGCUCUAGUUCAUCAAUUGUUUUACUGACAUAACCUAGUAAAAAAUGCCUGGCCAACAAUCUAUGCAUAGCACGCCUUUUAACAAGCAUGCGUGAUAUGUCUUUUUCUAGAGUAACUCGACCAGUACUACAAAGACAGAAGUGCCAAUCACUGCAUUAGACCAAGACAGAGACGAAACAGUAAACCGUCGUCAUGUUUAUGCUAAUGUAAUAAUUUUGAACAAAAAGGAUGAUGAUUCUGAUAAAGGGAGCUGUAAUGUUGAAGUCUCGCGUAAUGACAUGAUACCUUCUCCUACCUCAAGACGAUCUCCAUGUCAAUGUGGAGACCAUGAUGAUCAUUUUGGUAAGUUCGUGUUAUGUUAAUCACUUAAUCUGUUACUGUUCCGUUAUGCUGCAAUUAUGGCUAUACACUUGGUAAUUUGUGCUGCAAUUUGCAACGUAAUUACUGAUACAGAACCAUGUGAUGCACAAAAAUAUUCACAAAAAAUGGUGAGCAUGGUCCACUCCACGGAUAUUUUCCACUCUCCUUCAUUUCUUCCAUGUCCUUACGGUAGUUUAGCAUAAGGGAAACGUGGCAGUCUCAACAUGCAUGAGUGUGUCACAACCAUUGAGCUCUAUAUAUCUGGAGCAAGAAUCUCAGUCAUUCGGUCUAUGAGAAAAGCCAAGAUACGGGAAAUUGACAUCCAGUAGCUAUGAAGGUCGUAAACAGUUUUAGUACCAUUUUCCCAGCUAAUGCCAGUUUUUCUAACGGACGGUAUCCCUAAACAAGUUAUCAGUUCAUAGAAACAUGGCGUUAUUCUUUAGAUCGAUGUCUACAUGUAAAUACGAAAUUUCGGCACACUCCUUGCCAGCUUCGUGUUAACCGCACAGACGAAAACAAUAGAAAGGGCCUGGAAUUAACGUCCAAUAGCUCGUCAAUUUCCGCCAUCUUGCAUUCACUUUUGGACUCGAGUUCUCGUUCCAGAUAUAUAUGGAGCUCAUUGGUUAGAAGUUGCGUUGCAAACCGUAUGCAAAAAGUGAAAAUAUUGUCUAGAUGUCCACGCGAAUUGACUGUAUUUUUUGAAGAGAUGCGUGCCCGUGAACAAAUUGACGGUGUUGAAACAUGAUAAAAAUAUAAUGCGAAACAUGAUAAAAAUAUAAAUGUAUACUUUAUUUUGCAGACGAAAUUAUUGUAUCGAGUAGCAGUGAUUUAAAUAUAAGGAAAAAAGACAACAGAAAAACCAAGAAAGAAAAGAAGAGAAAGACUAAUAAAAGAGAGAAAAUGUCUAAAACUGAGAAGAAGAGUGUUAGAGAAGAUAAAGUUUUAACAACAAAGUCCACCAAAUUCCAUGAGAGACUUCUUAAUUUAUUCUGCUUCCCUUCUAAUAUUGAAGAAAGGGAUGACUUGGAAUGUAGAAGAUGGAAAAGCUGAAAAUCUAGGAAAAUACAUUGCGUUCAAUAGUGUGAUGCGUUUGUCAAACCUAUAUUGACUUAAAUGCGUUCAUGGUUAAGUAAUUUAGAUAUAAUGAAGCAACUUUAUUUUUGUAUUAUAUAUAUAACUAUAUGCAUUGUACAGUUUAAAUAUAAAAUGUUGGAUUAUAAGAUUUACAUAUAUAUACCAGUAUAAGAAAUAAAUUAAAAAUUAAAAUUUUGAAUAAUUUAAGUUCUGAAAAUAAAAUUGGAUAUAUAUACAAACAUAUAUUCGGAGCCCAGUCUCGUAAUAUAAAUUUUUAUCAUUAACUCGAUAUAAUUGCAGUUAAAAGAGCCAUAUAGCUGAUUAGAUUCACAAACCACAUUCUAUGCAUUGGCCACUGCUUGGUUUUGGAAUAUACCCGAAUUACUCGAAUUUGAAACAUUCCCUAACUUGAAUUUUAUCGCAUGAGUGCAGGCUUUAUAUCGAGUAAACAGCUAUCUCAGAUAUUGCUAGCCGCUGGAUAUAACAAGUGCCCGAUUGCAUGAUUUCUUGACAAGAACGAAACAAUCGGGCUACUGUUAAGAUAAUGCUCGCUUUAAAAAUUCUGCGGUGAUAGAAUAAUUAAUUUUCCAUGACAAUAUUCAAAUUUCUGUUGAAAAAAAUUCGUUUUUAUGUUUCGAUCCAAAGGUUUCGAUCAUUGAAAUUAUAGCUUGAAUGCGUUCUUGGUCAAGAGUCACGGUACUGCAUGCCUUCAUCGUUCAUCUCCUCAAAAGUCUGAAAAGGCUAAACAGUAAAGUUUACCAUGUAAACUAUGCAAGAAUACGAAAGCCUUGAGACCGCACAAAGAUCUUUCUGCAGACAAAUUUUUGACUGAGAAGAGCUUGUAUUGAACACAUUUUAUUAUAUUUAUGUAACGAUAUAUGUUUUGACAGGGUUUCAACUGCAUGCUAAACAAAACUGCAAGUCUUUACCGUUGUUGACCCUAACCCUAACUUAAUAUUCGACAUUUUGCUUUGGAAGUAAAUGAAAAUCGAACGCCAAAAGAAGUUUGUUAUACUGUAGCAGAUUGAAACACCGAAAAUUGCGUGAAAUGCUUAAUGUGAUAAAAUGUACUAUUACCAGGUUUAACAGUACUUGUCAAGUUACAGUAAUGUUUUCUUUUUGUUCAGGGAUUUUCUCAGAACCAGGUUCGUGCUCAGAAUAUCGGAGAUCCAUCAGUAUUACCAGAUCUUUGUUCAAGUCAUCAAACUCAACUCUCGCUAAUGAUGAAUAACCAUUCACAACUGAGGUAAAUUUUUAUUCAUCUGAAUCCUGGCCAGGGUAAUACAAAAUCAGUAACAUAUCCGUCAUUAUAUAGCAGUCAUUAUUGAAAUCGCACUUCACUGAUCCAAGUUUUAUUCUGCAUUGUGUAGAGAUAUUCGGAGAAGAUGCGCCAAAGCAAAAGAUGAACUUUCUGGAAACUUGCACGCCCGCCUCAGGUAUUAAGGAUAGAUCGAGCCUGUUGAUGGAGCAGUCGCCAAUAUGGCAUUAUUAAAUUUCAGUUAUUUUUUAUAAUCGCCUGUAUUUGAAGGAAAUUCGUGCCCACCUUGCCCAAGCCUAGACAGUGACCCCCCCCUGUAAAUCCAUCCGUGAUAUAAUAGACGUAACAAAUUUUGUGUUGUUAAGGUGGGUCAUGAUGAUUGAGAAAAAUAUUUGUGAUUGUGAUAACAAGUUGGUGAUGUACCAUGAAAGUAUGAAACGAAUGAAAAAACGGUAAUGUAUUCAUUGCAAAGCAUGUCUCAACCUCGUCCCCAGGGUCUUCCUCGUGAUGGCGCGUGAGCUGAGGCCCUGGGGAUAGCGGGCUAUUUGACCCCCAUCCUCGUUCCCCGAGUCUGCGAUCAUCCGGAAUGAACGCAAGGCUCUGGGAUAACCCGUUGCUGUUGAACUACGCAUUCCAUUUCAACGGCCAAUCAGAUUCCUCCGUGAAACGGAUUAUCCCAGAGACUCGCGUUCUUUCCCGAGGAUCGCAGACCCGGGGAACGAGAUUGUUUGACCCCAUGACCCAGCUGUCAGGCCCACUCCCUGGGUUCUUUUCCGUAUAUUGCAUACUUAAACCGUUGCAGCGGUGGAAAAAACUAUAGUGUUGGAAAAAUCUAUAAUGGACACUUAAACUUCACUUCAGGGCAAGUAUAGCAUACAUGCAGUACUUGACAUGAUUUUACUCUGGACGCUACUGUAAAUAUUUUAAAAUAUGGUUUGCAUUAAGCGAAUGUGUUGGAAUGAAUUGCUUUUAAAAUUAUCUACACAAAAGCAACAAAAAAUGUAGAAUGUAAAUCCAGAACGCUAGUCUACAUUCGAUGUAGUAACCAGUUCUGUACAGUGAUUAAUUUGAUCUCUUGCUUUCUUGACAGAAUGGAAAUUCUGGAACAAAUUAAUGUUGCUCCUCGUAUUUACGCUUUGACUGUUAAAGAAGUUGUACGAAGGCGAGAAUUUACAUCGCAGUUUGCAAAGGUAAAUUAUUACUCUGUGUAUGUAUGAACAGGCUUUGAAAAGCGGAUAUCAUAGCCUGUCCACACACAUGUGAACAACACCUAAGCAGAUGAAUUUAUACAGUUUGUUUUUUCUAAUUUGAAUUUAUUAAAUUUAGUAUAGAAAUUAUCACAGAAUAACAAUUAUACUAGGUAGGGUAACAAUAGGACACGAAGUCCUUUACAAACUGCCUCACUUCUACAAGUAUGUUUGUGUUUAUGUUUGUGUUUGUGUUGGUGCCGUCAACAUCCAAGGCAACAUGAUCCAUUAAGGUUACAAAUGGGAGCUCUGUACAAGAUUCAACUACCUGAAAAAUACAACUUCGAACUCCGAAGUUCUUUUUGUAUUUUUCUGGUAUAGUUGAAUCUUCUACAGAGCUCGUAUUGUGAAUCCUUGCUACCUAUACUGGCACCCACCGUUCGAGAUUGUCGAGGUUACCAUGUCAAUUAGUAUAGGUAAUCAUGCGAUGGCGAGUAUAAUUAGGGAUUAAUAGUACUCGCCCCGGUGGCUCGUCCAAUUUUGGCAAAAUUUCCAAACAUCACGAGUACUAGUAAUCCCUGAUUGUACGAGCAACAUCGCAUGAUUACUUGUUUAUUAUUAGCAUAUGACAAAAUUGGAUACUUCUCCGUCAACAUCGCCAAAGCCCAGUCCUGCCAGACGUUCAACCAAAAUUUGGUACUUUUGUUCGUAUUUUCAUUUAGUUCUUUUGUUAAAGCAAAAUUUGGCGCUUUUGUUCGUAUUUUCAUCUAGUUCCUCAAGGGCAAUUUCAUUUCACUUUUGUGUUCAAAAUACCUUUCCGCCAUUUUGUUUGUUUUGGGAAAAUCAUUAAUUGUACUGCAGUACAAUUAAUGAAAUAAUUGUACUCCUCUCAACCUAUCAGAAUCCAGUAAUUUUGUCAUGUUAAUAAUAAAUUUCGCAACUAGCGUGAUAUUUGUAUUACAUGUACAUCACUUUUGACGAGGUACCAUUGUCGGUGGAGAUUACAGUAAUCCAUUUGCUGGUGAUGAUACUUGAUUAUUCAUGCUGAUGCAUCUCAAACAACUAACCGAUUUCAUCCCUACCCACGACAGUGGGCAAUUUUACCAUAGAAUAAUCAAUGUAAUAAUAAUGUAGUGUUAUUGGUCUCGUGUUACUUGAUAAGUUGAUAUCAUAUUCAAUGUUUGCCUGGCCGUUGUUAUGUACUAUUACAUGCAACUGUACAAUUUUUAUUUAGAUAUUUUCCUGUACUUUAAUGAUAAUGAAUCUUAUAAAUUUUUAUCAGUGGGCCGGAGAAGUUUCACAACAAUCUGACGGAGUUUAUAAGGAAGAGAUCGCCAGCCGUCAUGAAUACUUGCAUUUCGUUAGUAAGUGCUUGUUAAUAUUUCCUUAAAAUUCUGAAAACUUUAUCCAAAUCAAAUUCUGACUUGUUUUUGUUGUGUUUUUCUUCAACCAACUUUUCAGGCAAUCAUUUUCUUAAAAAUCUUUUCACUGGGAUUGAAGACAUGCCGACACAAUUUGCUGUAAGUACUCGUGGUUAAUAGUUAAUGGGUAAAGAGAGUAUAACUCCCCAUUGCCGUUGGAUUCUUUCAAAUUGCUGUAAAUUGUAGCUGUGUUGUUACAUUGGUUAACUUUGGUAGUUCGAAAGUGUUCAUCCUAGAGAGGGCCAGUAAGGUUAUUUCUAUUGUUCCAGCGUUACUACUGGAAAAACCAUAAUGAAAGGCUAAUGCAUUGACCACUCCACCAACAUCAAUAUGAAGCAAAAUGACCCAUUCGCUUAAUAAAAUUGUUUUAUUUUUAGACUAUUCCCGAUGACUUUGAUAGCGAUUUGCCUCCACUCACUUGCAAUGAGCUAAGAGAACUCACGAACUGCGCUCCUGAUUUAUUUCAUAAGCAAUCUCAUGAUUCACAUAACAAACCACACAACGAUGACAAUCGAACUUUUCCGCCUUUGGUUAGAGAAAUUGUAAUGAAAUCUUCAUUUGAUGAAAUAGAUGGUACAAUAAAGGAUAAAACUAAAGAAAUUUGUAGAGAGGAUAAAAACAUAGAUAGGACAAAUGUGGUUGAGAAAGAUUAUACUGAUGAUGCGAAGGACGAUACAUGUAAUGAGACUGCUGGUGGUGAAGCGAAGGAGAAAAGUAUCACCACGCAAACUUUGGGGCAAGAAAUCAUUUCAUCUAAUAUAGUUAUUAAAGAAAAUUUGCUGGAGGGUGUUAAUAAAUUGCGCGGAGAACUACAGCAAUUGAGUGUUGCUACAUCAUCGUGGGACGAAAAUAUGAAGAAAUAUUUUGACGAACGAUUGUCAGUGCUUGAAGGAAUUAAAGUAAAGGAAAGAAGCAGAUUAUUGUCUGCGAAGAAUGACUCUGAGAGUAUUAAGGAAUUGACUAAAAAUGUAGUAACAUUAAAAAAGAAAAUUGCCAGUCUAAAUUCUGAAAAUGAAUCGUUAAGAAAAGAAAUUGAAGCUAAAGAUAUAAGUUUUUCAGAGAAAGAAUUAAGAUAUCGUAACGCCCUAGAGCGGAAAGAACAAUAUGCAACUGAGUUGGAGUCUGCAAAAGAGACUUUUGAAGCCGAACAACAAAUCCGUUUCAAUAGCGCUAUUGGUAGAGUUAUGAAAGAAAAAGAAGCUGCUUUGAAGAAAGCCGAUGAACAGUUAAGUAUUUUGAAACUUUUACAAGAGAAAAAUGACGAGAAACUUCAAGUAUUGUUCAAUGAAAAGGAAACAUUGCGACAGGAAAAAGACAAGUAUACAAGGAAAGUAAUGGAAGUACAAGCUGAGGUUGAUAGGAGUAAAACAGAAAUGGAAGAAUAUAGAGUGGAAACACAGCAACAUUUGGAGGAAAUGGAAAGAGAGUUAGAAAAUGAAAGGAAAGAAGCUGCGAUGAUGCUUGAAGCAGAAAAACAGAAAUGGGAAACGGAUUCAUCGGGAUCUGGUUCAGGGUAAGAUCUCCAUGCUUAUUUGAAUGACUUUGAAUAUUACUAUCCCACAAUACUGUGACGUCGUAAAGUAUAGAGUAUAUUUAUAUUAUUUAUUUAUUAACUUUACAACCUUUUAUACAUGAACAAAUACUUGAAAUUGAACGACUAAAGGUCCCCAUAAGAGGCGGAUAGUUUUGGUGUAUGAUUCACCUCAACAUGUCAUAAUCAACCUGUGACGUAAAAAGCCGCAAAGGAAUAUUAAACAUUAUUUUACACAAUUUGGAAACUUCGUGUUUAAGCGUGUUUGAUAUUAUCCAUCUUGGAAAUUCACUAAUCUUGUGGGGUGUAUGCGUACAGUACGGCAGGUGGUAUUGAAAGAACGUUCCAUUACUCCAUUACCUUCGUAUUUUCUUCAUUUAGGAAAAUUAUUAGUGAACUUGUCGUAGACCGUUUUAAAAAGAGAAUAAAACAUUUGGAAGAGGUACAGUAUGUGAAAAUAUCUUCAAAAGUGAAUAAACAAUUCAUAUCACCUUUGGAAAAUUGUUAUCACUCUCAUACAAUUUAUACCUUUAGGAAAAUGGUUUAUUGAAAGAUCGCUUGAAAUCUGGUUCAGGUAUCCGUUUUCAUUUAUAAACUACACAUGUUGGGGAAUGUUGGGUGACCAUAUCAUUUCUGUGCAAGUUAUUAACUUUGCGCAUCAAAUUAUUUCCUUCCCCCAUUACGUAAGGAUUAGAUCAUCAUCUCCGUAAUGUACCUCGAUCUCUUGCAUCAUCAUCACGUAGUCCACUCCCUUCAUUCUCUCCCAUCAUCGUCUUAAUUCCAUCACUCCUUGUCGUUUGUCUUCCUCUGGAUCACUUUCUUUUCACAUGUUUGUUCUAUACUCUCGUGGCUUAUUUCAUCUUAUCUAUUGUAAUGAUAUACACAAACCAUCUCAUUCUUGUUUCUACGUCCUUGACCAUGUUCUACUCCAUCCUGCUCUUCUUUUAGCUUCCCUGUUUAUAAAAUGUCCUUAGAAUGGGAUUCUUUGUAUCGAUCAUAAAGUUCAUCUCAGUUCCCCCACAUUUCAGUUCAUCAGAGUUUGGGUUAAGUGUUCUGUAUUCCUUUUGUUUCCUUUUGUUUAGAUGGUGAUGAGAAACUAUUGUUUGUUGAGUUACAACAGGUACGUCAUCUCUUGCUUCAGUGAUCACUUUCUGUUAUAAAUGUUGCUUUACCCCUUGGUCACGCUUGAUCCAUAUCUGAUGAACAUCUUUCGACAAGACACAUUAAGUAUUAUGUACUAUUGAGAUGUGGCUUUUUGCAUAUUAGGAUAAAUAUCAUUGAUGUAAUAUUUCAAAUCCGAUUAUGAGGACUGGACUAGAUUUUGAACUCCACGCAAUUUGAUCAAGCAACUUGAAAUCUAGUCGAGUCCGAAUUGGAGGGUUUUAAAUGACAUCUCAUACGGAUAAAUCCCUACUUAAAGUGAGGUGAAUUAAUUUUGAUCCAGUCCUAGGACUGAAUUUAUUUUGAUCCACUCCUAGGACUGGAUCAGUAUACUUCACCAGGUAUCCAGUAUUAUCAUGUAACCAAAAUAAAGCAAUAUGGUUGGCUAAUUUACUCAUGAAUUAUUAAUGAGUUUGAGAUAUAAUUAUCUGCCCCUGGUGUCCGUGCUGAACCUGUUAAAGCUUCUCUUUAUAAGAAAUUUUAAACAGAGACAUUUUAUAAAAAUAUUUUGUUUACAUGACUAAGGUUUCGUUGUAAUUACAACAUCUUCAGAGACUAAAAAACGAUUUUAACAAACUAUGCUUUUGAUUAUUGGAAACUGAUUUCGUGUCAGAGAAUAUAGCUGACUAAUGAGUUUGUAUUAUGUAUUAUGUACGGUACUGUCGAUACAUAAUAGAACUUGAUAUAGUCCAUGUUUAACAUCCAAUUAACUUUCAUUAUCAAAAUACUUACUACGUUUAUUACGUUUGAUUAAUCCGAGAUCUGCAAUGUUUUAUGUGUUUUAGACACUGGAGGAAAAAUACAAGGAGUGUGAUUCUCUUCGGGCAGAACUGGUAAGUCUUUUUUGAGUACCUACAAAUUGUACACUCUGUGAUCUGUAUCUACUUUAUUCAUCUUCUUACGGUAAACACUAAGAGAUACUUAAAAUAACUUUUUUACCUAGUAAGGGUUACAUUGUCACAUGAUUGAGAUUGGUAAAAAUCAUCGUUGUAGUAUUAUACAGUAUUGCGUACCAAAGUCAGGUUUGGUCAGUUGCGAGGAUCUCGAGCAUUUGAUUGUGGCCAAUAUAACAGUGUCUGAGGUGUUGAUACCUCUCUGCAUUUCAUGGGCGGAUUUACUAGGGGGUUAGGGGGAGUUAAACCCCUAAAAUCUCUCUAACCCCUCUUAUAAAAGUGUUCAACCCCACCGAAAUUUCGCUUCACCCCUCAUAUUUUCUAUGAAAGUCUUUAACCCGUUAGCCUAACCCCUGCCGAAGCUCGCUGAAUGGUGCCGCUUGCACCCCAGUAGAAAUUUUCCAUCCCUCCUUUUAAAAAAAUGAAAAUUCUCCCUUGCUGCAUUUAAUAAAGAUUGAUUUGUUCACAUACAAACUACAGAACGGUAGAUCCAGACUAUUUCGCUUUCAACUUGACUUGGUAGCGGCGUCUGAGCCUAUAGUUGCAUUCUGCCCUCUACCAGAGGGGCAAUAGUUGCAUUCUGCCCUCUACCAGAGGGGCAAUAGUUGCAUUUUGCCCUCUACCAGAGGGCCUAUAGUUGCAUUCUGCCCUCUACCAGAGGACCUAUAGUUGCAUUUUGCCCUCUACCAGAGGGCCUAUAGUUGCAUUCUGCCCUCUACCAGAGGGCCUAUAGUUGCAUUUUGCCCUCUACCAGAGGGCCUAUAGUUGCAUUCUGCCCUCUACCAGAGGGCCUAUAGUUGCAUUCUGCCCUCUACCAGAGGGCCUAUAGUUGCAUUCUGCCCUCUACCAGAGGGCCUAUAGUUGCAUUCUGCCCUCUACCAGAGGGGCAAUAGUUGCAUUCUGCCCUCUACCAGAGGGGCAAUAGUUGCAUUCUGCCCUCUACCAGAGGGCCUAUAGUUGCAUUCUGCCCUCUACCAGAGGGCCUAUAGUUGCAUUCUGCCCUCUACCAGAGGGCCUAUAGUUGCAUUCUGCCCUCUACCAGAGGGGCAAUAGUUGCAUUCUGCCCUCUACCAGAGGGGCAAUAGUUGCAUUCUGCCCUCUACCAGAGGGCCUAUAGUUGCAUUCUGCCCUCUACCAGAGGGCCUAUAGUUGCAUUCUGCCCUCUACCAGAGGGGCAGUAGUUGCAUUCUGCCCUCUACCAGAGGGGCAGUAGUUGCAUUCUGCCCUCUACCAGAGGGGCAGUAGUUGCAUUCUGCCCUCUACCAGAGGGCCUAUAGUUGCAUUCUUCGUAGCAAUUCAUUCUUAGGUCUAAAAAUGUAUAAAAUUUACACUCGAAAUUUCCAUCUACAAAAACCCUUCAACAUUAAAAUUAGAGCAUUUGACUAUGUUUGUAUAUGGCAUUGCCCCUGGAUAGCUGAAUGCUACUAAAAAUCCUUAUUCACGAGUAUUGUAGGUGGUGACAAAAUAUUGAAAUGGGAUUAGUGGUGUCGGAAAAAAUUGAAAAUUGGCCAUGGAUACGGUCACUGUUACAAUUUUAGCGCUAUUUUCCCAAUUCCUCUCUUGCAUAGGAACUUUUAAAACAGACACCACGGAGCUCCCAAGUUGUCUCUAAAGAGUAAGUUUCUUUUACAAAUGAGACUGCAGAAUUAAUAUUUAUUAUUUUAUGGCUUUUCAAAAUUCUCUAUUCUGGUUGGUUGACAAGCGGUCCGUACCCAUAUCUGGGCCGUGGUCCGUAUUUUCCGUAUCUGGACCGGUGUCCCGGAUGUCGUUUAUCUGGUGGGAAAUUUUUGUUUUGCAAACAGAAAAAAAUGUUUGCUUUUUAAUUUUCCAAUUGUGUGUCAUUAAAAUUUACAGAUAAAAAUUUCAAAAAACCAUGCAUGCCUACCGUAUAUUGUUACCCAGUAAAACUGACGAUAGCCGAUUUAAUUCGCGCGAAAAGUAUAUGCUCACAGACUCAGUUCAGCCAUAUAAUAAACCGAUUAUUGACCUCGCUUGUUCUGUCUGUACUGUGAAAUAUCAGACCUCUUUUUUUGGAUGGACCUCGCUCCUUCGUCGCUCGAUCCAUGCUAAAAAACCUCGGUCUGAUAUUUCACAGUACAGACCUCACGCUCGGUCAAUAAGCCGUUAAUAUAUUGUAUGUAUGUAUUGUAUGUUACUUUGAAUAACAAUUUAGAACUACUUCUCUUUAUUGCCUUUGCAGUCUACAGAAAGGAGAUAUUGUGGACGUUUAUUACAAUGAUCAAUAUGAACUUUACAUGAUCAGAAGUGAAGGAGAAACACUUUACUUUGUUCAUCCCGACUCUUUAGUUAAUCUUGACUUACCAGGUAUGUUGACACGGAAUUAAAAUGCCAUAAUUUUUGAAGGAUGAACUUCAUUAACUCCUCUCUCUAUUGAGCCUCCCCUCCCCUUUCGUAAAACAGAUGUGUAUUGUAGUGAUUUAUUCUUUGAUCUGGAACGUUGAUUAACUGGGAGUAAGCUGCCCUUUCUCCCCUAAGCGUGACAGAAAUUAAUAGAUCCCUAGAGGAUUUUAUUUGCAAUAAUUUAUAUUAUUAAUAAGAAUGCUUGUAUAAAGUUAUGGCUUUUGUAAGUAUAGUAUACAUUGUAAAUCUUCAGAAGCUUUCGGGCACGAUCCCCACCUGUGGUUCAGAAUUUUUUUCUUGCCAUUCUUACAGUAUUUGCAUGUAUAUUGUAUUUGCAUGUACAGUAUCUUGAAAACCAUUGAGUAUAAAAAUUUAUUUUAUUUUAAAUUUAUAGAGUCAAAGACAAGGUAUGUGCUGCUACAAUAUAUUUUCUCAGACAUUUUGAUAAAUAUGUUUAUUAUAUAUUCAUAGUGUAUUCUCGUUCGUGAUUGGUCAAAACGCGUCGGAUAAUUCUAGGUAUCUUGAAGCCGUCGCGUUAUUUCAGCUGCUGACGCCAUCAGCAUGCAAUAGUACUUAUACUAAUAAGUUCGGUCCAAACCCCAGCGCGAUCCAUUGUUUGCUAAAAAGCGCGCGAAAAUUCCAUAUUCCUAAAAGCGUAAACAAAAUGGCUUUGAGCCGGUUCGCAACGUUAAAUGAUCAAGAAAUUCCCAAGUUACUGGCCGAAAAAGACAGCGAAAUUACAAAGAGGUCAACAAAAGUUUGCAAGACACUUUUUGAGGAGUAUCUUCAACAAAAACAAAGAAAUUACCUUAUCAUUAAAUAUUUACCCACUGAUGUUGGUUCUUGCUUUCUUUCUAGCUUUUGAAUAAUAAAACAAUUAUUGAAUUCGGUUUUCGUAUGAUAUCGAGAAUUAAGGACCACUACACGAUAACGAUACAAUAAAUGGUAAACACGCGAUAAUGGGCAAAAAAAUUAUGUUCAAUAAAAUUAUUGUUUGACUAUAACGAUAACGAUUUUAAAAUCGCUCACCUGAGCGAUUUUUUUCAGUCGGACGAUAAUGAUAAAUUUUUGACCAAUCAGCGCGCGUAUACAAGGUAUCGUUAUCGUUGUGUAGUGUGACCUGGGCUUAAUCAAGGCCUCGGUUUGUGUUAUCCACCUCAGCCUUCGGUGGAUAACACAAACCUCGGUCUUGAUAAUUCACGAUAUUGUACUCGACCUCAUUCAAUAAUUGUUUAAUAUAUCCCUUCGCUAGAAAUUUAAUGUUAUAUGUGCAUGUCACCAUGAAACUUGUGAUAGUUAUUAUUCAUUCUGUGAUAGUUCUUUUAAGAACUAAAAAAAAAGUCCUAAAAAACCUUACCAACGGAUUAUGAUUAUAUGAAUAUGCAUGAUAUAUUGGUUAAAAAUUCUGAUGGUGAUCUCUCCAAUUUUCCCAUGCAUAUGAAAAUUAAUGUACUGUUCUCUGUUUGCCCAAUGUAUUCAGAUAUAUGGGUUACAGAUUGGACUACAGAAUUGCAACCAGAUGCACUCUUUGCUGACUUCUUCCCUGUAUAACUAUGGGCAACAUAAUGUUUCAAAUAUGUGCAAAAUAUGUUUGUUUGCGUUUAGGCACACCUUUCAAGCUCAGAUUUUAGACAAAGAAUACUGUCAAGCCAAGAAGGUAUGUUUCCAACAUUUUUCUGAUUAUUUCGUUGUUCAACCCUUCAAUCGUAAGACCAUUAUUAAAGGUGUCUCGUUAUAGGAUUUACAAUUCUCUCUCGUGCUCUACGCCGGAGGGAUCUGAAACCUUCGUUCGAAAUGUCGAUGUGUUUAUAGUCUUUUCUGACUUCCCCUUCCCCUCAGCGUAUUGCAAGAAUACUACCUACCAGUGUAAUGUUGUGUUUGAGGAUACCAAUUCUUUUGUUUGCAGGCUAAUAACAGAUUCAAGGUCAGUGCUGGUACAAAGUUCUAUCGUGUUAAAGUGAGACUUUGGGAUCCUUCAAGCUGACGAUUAUAACACUACGUUUUUACAAUUGGUGAAGAAAUCAUCAAGUUUCGUCUGUGAAAAUCACCACUAGUUUACUGUACUACCCCAAACAGUGUCUCUAAAGUGUUCGGCACAACGAAGUCCAAUGAACAAAUCGACAAUAAAUAAUCUCGACCAUAAGCAUUUUCUUACCAAGUAUAACGCCUAACAUAAAUAAGACUUAUCUUAUAUUAAAUAAUGUUCAAUGUUAUUAAUAAGUAGUAAUACUGUUAUAAAUGUUUGUGAGGUGAUGGAAAAAUAACAUAUCGUAUUGGUCAAGCGUACCUACAUUUCUGUGAGGGAUUUUAUAACCGAACCCUCAUGCGUUAUACUUUAACAGGCGUUGUUUACCAUUUUGGCUUAUCGGCAUAUCACCUUGUUCGUCCCCUCAAGGAGAGUUGGAUCGCCUCUACAUGUUUCUUCACUCUUCUCAAUCAUUAACUUUGUUGAGAUCCACCACUUCCCGUCUUCCCUAACCUGCGAUCAGGCAUAUAAAUAAAAAAAUAGGCCUGAUACAAACCUUAACUAAAGUCUAUGCGCGUCGUACAACCGUAUUUCGGUUGUAAAUCUGAUUGGUCUACGAGACAAAAUAUUUUUUAAUCUGUCAUUUGAUUGGUUGGUGCUAAUUAGAUUAUACUAUUGUUGUUGAUAUAUUUUAUAGUGACCACAAUUAUAAUUAGAUUGUUGUUGUCGUUGUGUGAAAUUUCUCCUGCGACAUUUUGAUUGGAUACUAAAUAUAAACUUUGCUGUGGGUGGAAGCGAUCGGAUUAAGGUUUGUGUGAGGCUAUUAUUUGUAAAAUAGAGCCUGAUAAAAUAGAGCCUGAUACUCAGGUUACGUCUUCCCUAACACAAUCCAUCCAUCGCUUUCUCGGUUGUCCUUUCUUCCUUAUUCCUGCCUCUAUCCGCUUCGCUGACUAUCUCACAAAAUUUUCUCCAUUCUCUAGCUUCACAAGGCCACACCAUAGCAGUUUGCUUUCUCAUAUUUUCUCUCUGAGUUUCACCACUUUUAAUUUCCAACGUCUUCAUUUCUCAUUCUCCCUCGUCUUCUUACUUUGCUAAUACCUUGCAUCUCCUCUCCUUCCUGUUUGUUCAAAUUAUUCUUCCUCAACUGCCCAGAUUCUGCGUGUAUCAUCAUCGCGAUGUCUUACUAUCGUUUUGUACCCAAAUAUACAUGAUAGUGCGGGAAACACAAGGAUAUAUAACCAGGGCAACACGGUUAUAUAUAAACAUACGUACAUAUAAUAUAUUGAGCGAUCCGCAACUUGGCUUUUCAAUGCCCAUUAUAUAUUAUACAUCAGGGAGUUUUACAGCCCCCUGGUAUAACCAAACUGUGUGUGCGUUGGUGUUGAUAUGCUGGUGUGGAUAACAAUAAACGUGAGGUCGGUUUUACCUUGAGAGUUUAGGGUCAGGUCAUUUAUCGCCUGGUGAGGUCGGAGAUCACAUAGUUCUUGAAGGGGGAAUCAGAUUCAGUGGACAGACAUAAAGAGGGGGGAACAUGGGGAAUGACAUAGUUAAUGCUAAUAGGAAGAGUGAAUCGUCUGACCUUUUCUGACAAGACUUGGGAACCUCGGGACACUAAACUAUCGCAAGAUGAAGUAUUGAUUACCAUGAUUAAACACGCAGUGCUAUAUCCCCCAAACUCGUAUCCCACCCGUUCCGCACGUUGUAACCGAUAAUUAUUAAAAAAAGUCAUCAAGUUUAGAUUAGGGUUAGCGGUCAGGAUUAGGGUUUGGAUUAAGGUUAUUGUAAUAAAGAAAUAUAAGUGCUUUUAAAAGUCAAGCAAUGUAUGUUUCGCUCGAAUACAAAAAUAUAAGUAAUUUUGUUUUCUGUUGUCGCCGUUGUUGGUCACCAAUAUUUGAGCCCGACAGUACCAGCACUUAGCAGUGACUGUGUGAAAUAGGUUUCAUUGUAUUGGGUCAGUUAAAUGCUUGCUCUUAUUGUCUGGUCUCCGAACUGAUCUUGGAACUACUGGAACGUUGUUGUUUGCUGUUCCCGGGA